AUGAAUAGUGAUGUGCCUGCUGACGGCUCCCCGCGACUGUCGAGGAAAGAACAUUCGCUUUAUUUUGAUCCAGAGUCUUUCCUCUACUCACGACUCUAUUGCGGUGGCGCAAUCGAUAGUUGCAUGGCGGUUUUCUCUGGCAAGGCCAAGAACGCCAUCGCGAUUGUGCGCCCUCCGGGGCACUACGCGGAGCUGAAUAGAGCGAUGGGGUUGUGUCUCCUGAAUAACGUCAUUGUGGCGGCCAAAGUAGCACAGAAGCAGUACCCGGAAACUUGCAAGAAGGUGUUGAUUCUGGGUAAGUGUAUUGGCGCUGCGGAGGAGUCAGAGACAGCCUACUACAACGAUCCCAGUGUCUUGUACAUGUCGAUCCACCGCUACGAGAAUGGAAAUUUCUAUCCGAGCCGGCCAGAAGGACGCAUGGAUCAGUGCAGUAAGGAGGAUGGCUUGGGCAAGUAA